UUGUGUCUUGCACAGCCAGCUUCUGGUCUAGUGACAAAAUCCCUCUAAGCUCUGAGCAGCAGGCUGAGGAUGCUCUCAAAGUUUUUCAGAAGUUAGUUGUCAGACUGGAUGAAAACACUUUUUUCUUUUUUCUUUUUUUUUCUUCUCACACAUUUUGACGAUGUUGCUCAGACUCCUUUUGAGUGCCAGUAAGUUUUCUGCGGUGGACUGGAAGUACAGGCGUUAAGAAGUGACAUUUCUGCUCAUCCUCAGCCUUUUGGACUCAGCCAUGAACAACCAGACGGAGACCGGGAGGACGAUGGUCCCCACCAUCCCGUCCCUCAUGUUCAUUUUCGGUGUGAUUGGAAAUGUCAUCGCCAUCGUGGUCCUGUGCAAGUCUCGCAAGGAACAGAAAGAAACCACGUUUUACACGCUGGUGUGCGGGCUGGCGGUCACGGACCUCCUGGGCACGCUGCUGGCCAGUCCGGUCACCAUCGCCAUCUACGUGAAAGGCUCGUGGCCCGGAGAGGACCCCCUGUGCCAGUACUUUGGUUUCACCAUGCUCUUCUUCUCCCUGGCGGGGCUCAGCAUCAUCUGCGCCAUGUCCGUGGAGAGGUACAUGGCCAUAAACCAUGCCUACUUCUACAAUGACUUUGUGGACCAGAAACUUGCCGGACUGACUCUUGUCGCGAUCUACUUCUCCAACGCGUUCUUCUGCGCGCUGCCGAUCAUGGGCUUCGGCCAGGUGAAGAAGCAAUACCCGCAGACUUGGUGCUUUCUGGAGUGGCGGAGCAACAAGACCAGCGAUGCCGCUUACUCCUACAUGUACGCGGGUUUCAGCUCUCUUCUCAUUCUCGUCACCGUCAUCUGCAACGUGCUGGUGUGCGUGGCUCUGAUCCGCAUGCACCGGCGCUUCGUGCGCAGGAUGUCUCUGGGGACCGACCUGGGGCGCAACGUGGACCCGCAGAGGAGAGCGCGCAGCUUCGGACGUCUGGCCGGAGCGGAGAUUCAGAUGGUCAUUCUGCUCAUAGGCACAUCGGCAGUGGUCCUGAUAUGUUCCAUUCCGCUGGUUGCUCAAGUGUUCCUGAACCAACUUUAUAAGACUCCAGUGGAGCUGAAGCUGGAGAUAAACCCUGACUUGCGCGCGAUACGUUUUGCAUCCUUCAACCCCAUUCUGGAUCCCUGGAUCUACAUCCUGCUCCGUAAGGCCGUUCUGCUCAAGCUGAUCGAGAAAAUCAAGUGCCUGUUUUGUAAGAUGGGAGCAAGAGGGCAACAGAGACAAGGGAGCUGCCACUGUAUAGACGCUCAUCAGCUCUCCUCGGUCAUCUCUAACCGAGAUUCUCACUCAUUGGUGUCCAAUGACUUGCGAGAUGUCACCAGCAGCUCCCAGACCUUCCUCUACCUGCCAGAGGGAACUGAGGUCUACACUGGAAGCUGCCAUAAGGUGGACAGACUUUGCGUCUCUCAACCAUCUUCAGUCGGAGACUCGCAGGCUUGCUGUUCGUGUGUGAACUGCAACAUCGAGGAUCAGAGCAGAGAAGGGACGGGUGUCACUCCCACAGUCUCCCGCCCAAAAGAUCCACCGCUGCAGGUCACGUUAAAGACCGACACAAUGAGAGAGAAAUGCAUCUGACUCGACUGAAGCAGAGGAAAUGUCUCAGCUACUGAAACGCUUCUCCUUAAAUGAACGUUUAAAGCUAUUGAAGAACAGAGAAGGCACAUAAAACUGAUGAACGACUCCUCUUGUGAAGGUGAACACGUGCAGGGAAGAAGGCACCGCAAGCUUCAGCGUCCCGUAUUGGUUCAUCGCACAGCUACCUCAGCCAUGGCUAUCUCAGACAAUGCGAGCAGAUUUUUGUCAUUUUGUCUAUGAUAGAUGUUACAGUCCGAAAAAAAUUGGAAAAGGUCAUCUGUCCUUAGUCCUUUGCUUUCUUCAGUGAUUGUGGAGACCUUUACUGUAAAGUACCUGCAGCCAGUUAUGUAGAAUAAUUGAGUCACAUGCUUGUGUUGACCACAGUAAAUGAAAGUGAUUCUUAUGAGUAAUCGAUGACAUGUUAUUGUGGGGACUGAUUUUUUUUUUUUUUUAACUAUUGUACAGCACUUUUAGAAGAACAUAAUGUGUCAGUUCCAUGACUAAUGUAUUCUGCAGUUUUAUAAUGUGGUGAGCACUGAUGUUUUUAUUCCCCUUUACAGGAAUACACACAAAGAUGUCUCAUAUAAAAACCCUCAGUUUUCCAUUUUUGCAACAUUUAAAUCAGAGUUAAAGAGAACCUAAACAGGUAAAGAAAAACGUGGUUAACAUCAGUGGAGGGAUGUUUGUGAGUGAGGGGGAUAAAUCAUCGGCUUGAAAAACAAACAAAAGCAUGCUAUGUAAAUAAUUUAGGGAUAAAGUUAAUCUUCUCCAAGAGAAGGCACUAAGUGAUAACAUCUAACUGUAUAAAGGUUACAAGCUGAGAGCAAGUAUUAGGAGGCAGUUAUGAUACCAUUAUGUUUAUGUGAGUAGCUUACAUCCAGAACUAUAAUCUAAAAAGUCUGAUGUUUGAGGAAAAGUUCUUUGGAAAACUUGCAGUAGUGAAGGUUCUAAUUGUCUAUGUGGGAAAAAUACAUCCAGAUGGCAACUUCCACUUUGCAACUUUGUUGGAAUUUCUCGUCAUUAAAAGACUGGUACCUGCAGCUGUGUGACAUUUUUGCCUGAACACUGAUAUAGCACAUGCUCAGACUGCGAUUUAAAGCUGAUGAAUUCUGAUUGAGUUUGAGUAUUGAUUCCUAUAUACGAAGUGCUCCCUACCAAGCAAGAAAUUCUUAAUUUAUUAGAUUUAAAUUCCCUUGUUAUUGUCUGUUAUUGACAGCUGUCGCCUUCUGCUGCUGUCCUUCCACUCAACUGUUGUUUGACCUUUUAAUUUUUCUCAAAAAAUAAGCUCCUCUUCUUACUUUGAAGCACAGGGUCUGGCUGUUUUCCUUGUUAAAUCGUCUCAGAUUAAUUUGCCUCCCGGGCAUGCUUGUUUGUGUGCAUGAAUUCCAAAAAAGCGACGCCUCUCAAGACUGUACAGCGAGAUGUUUGCUUGAAAAUCUGACGACCUGCUAAACAAGGUCUUUUAAUUUAUUGUUUGAUUUCUCAACGCACUUUAUUUUGUAUUGUGUUUAUAUUGUGGUGUAGAUUAGAUUCUGCGGUCAUGUAAUUGAGGAAUGUGAUACUGUUUGCCGUUGCAUCAUUUUCAUGUGUGUGUAAAGAAGACUGAGUGGUAAAUACUGAGAACUCCUGUGAUCAGGAAUGCUAAUGUGUACAUUUCAUGAUGCAGCUGUAAAUUUGCUAUUGUUUCACAGCAAGAUUACCUUUGACAUGUUGUCAUACGUUGUCGCUAUAAACCAAAUCUCCAAAAUACACUUUCUCACACUCGGUUUUUCCUGCUUAGAUUGGACGAGAUCGUCUGAUGACCCUCAUUAGCUCUGACAAAUAACCCCUGAAGAAAAAUGCUCCCAGUGUCUCAGACUUUUCCAUUCACAGAUAAACACACAUACAUCACUCCGGGGUU